AUGGCUGCCCCCUCAAGGCGAGCCAGCCCGGCGCCAGUAUUGGUUCCCCGCGGUGCUCAGGUCUUGGAGGGCAGAUACAUUGUCAAGAUGAAGACAGAAGCUCAGGUCUCGGCAGUUGAAUCUGCUCUUUCUGGGGUCAGCGCUGGCGCAUCCCACAGAUAUUCCCACAGCUUCUCUGGCUUUGCAGCUUCCUUGACGCCUGGGGAGCUUGAGAUUCUGCAGAACGAUCCUAAUGUCGACUUCAUUGAGCAAGAUGCUACUGUCAGUACGAAAGCAAUCGUUACUGAGGGCAGUGCCGACUGGGGCCUGUCUCGUAUUUCCAACAAAAAGCCGGACACCACCAGGUAUUCUUAUGAUUCCAGUGCCGGAGAGGGCACCUGUGCGUUUGUUAUCGACACUGGAAUCGACGUUCACCACCCUGAAUUCGAAGGCCGAGCAAAGUUUCUGGAAAAUUUUGUUGGCGAUGGCUCCGACGCAGACUUGUUUGGCCAUGGAACUCACGUCUCUGGAAUCAUUGCGGGCAAGACAUUCGGAGUCGCCAAAAAGGCCAGUCUCUUCGCCGUCAAGGUCCUUGAUGUCAAUGGCCAGGGCAACAACUCUGUUAUCAUUGCCGGCAUGGACUACGUCGCCAAGAACGCAUCCAGCCAGCACUGCCCCAAGGGCAUUGUGGUCAACAUGUCCCUGGGCGGCAUCAAGACCGAUGCCGUCAACCAAGCCGCCAUCUCCAUCACAAAUGCCGGGCUCUUCCUUGCCGCGGCCGCCGGCAACGAUGCCCUCGACGCAGCUGAUUUUUCGCCUGCCUGCGUCCCUGCGGUUUGCACGGUUGGUGCCACUGAUAGGAACGAUACUUUUGCUCUCUACUCCAACAGAGGCUCAGCUGUCGAUAUCCUUGCUCCCGGCACAAACAUUACUUCUUCUUGGCCUGGAAACCUCACCAAGGUCAUGUCUGGUACCUCAAUGGCCUCUCCGCACGUAGCAGGUCUGGGUGCCUAUCUUCUCGGCCUGGGCCAGAAGAUUGGCGGCCUUUGUGGUACCAUUUCUUCUUCUGCUCUCAAAGGCGCCAUCAAAGGCGUACCUGAGAGCACUGUCAACUUGCUUGUUCAGAACGGCGCAUAG